UGAUGCAAAUCACACUUUUCAAAACACACUCCGGUUGUUAUUAUUAGACUACACCAUACAGUCAAUGUGCCCAGGCACACUUCAUACCAGAGCUGUAAUAACCCACACUCGACACAUUUUACGGUUUUGCGGACGUGUCGUUGAGUUAAAGCUGCGACCAUGUUGUUUAGGUUCGGAGUCAUUCUCACUCCGGAUUCUUCGGAUGUAAAGCUCUUUGUUUUGGGUUCGCGUGAAGAAAUGGGCAACUGGGACUUGAGCGCAGCAGUUCCGAUGACAGCCUCUCAGAAGCUCCUGUCAACCCAUGAACCUUGUCUGUGGACCGGCGACGUGCAGCUGGCAGAGCCGUACAGAGACACAUUGUGGUUCAAGUUCGUCAAAAGAGUGAGAGGCACUAGUAUCUGGGAAGGUAGCAGUCCGAGCCAUGACAGAUGUUGUCCAUUUGAUGAGAGGAACAUAGUGGAUGGAGUUUACUGCCAUCCAAUUGGGCACUGGAUAGAGGAAACGGGACACACAGAUGAGAUGAAACACACCACCAACUUUUAUUUCAGUGUGGCUGGUCACAAUGCGAUUCAUUUCUCCAGGGUGCUGCCACGUAUUUGGCUGGGAAGCUGCCCUCGACAGGAGGAACAUGUGACCAUAAAGAUGAAGCAGGAAUUGGGGAUUACUGCAGUGAUGAACUUCCAGACAGAGUGGGAUGUGGUAAACAACUCUAAUGGAUGCAGGCACAACCCUGGAGAAGCCAUGACCCCAGAGACUAUGAUGGAUCUGUAUAAAGACUGUGGACUGGUGUAUGUGUGGAUACCCACUCCUGACAUGAGCACAGAGGGCCGGAUAAGGAUGCUUCCCCAGGCAGUGUAUUUGCUCCAUGGUCUCUUGGAAAAUGGUCACACUGUCUAUGUUCACUGUAAUGCUGGAGUCGGCAGGUCGACCGCAGCUGUGUGCGGCUUGCUCAUGUACAUCCUUGGCUGGAGUGUGAGGAAGGUGCAGUACUUCCUUACAGCCAGAAGGCCGGCAGUGUACAUAGACGAGGAGGCUUUAGUCCAGGCUCAGACAGACUUCAUCCAGAAGUUUGGACCACUGCGAUCAUCCAUCUCUUACCAAGAGACAUGAGAAUGGAAUACCUUUGUACCAAAGUGUUGAACUUUUAAGCCAAAUCUACAGGUAUUGAAAGCUCGUCUGGACUGGACUCUUGGAAAUGAAUCCCGACAAUGUGGGGAAAAAAACACCAAAAAAUUUACUUAUUUUCACUUCAAUGUAAUUCAAGUAAAUGAACCACACUGUAAUGUUGGCUUUUAACUUAAUAAAUUUCCGUCUGCUAUCUAGCACACACAGUUAAAA